AUGGGCUUCUUCAGUGACGACUCCGAUCAGGCGAACUACGCAGACCAGUGGAACGCAUCCAACCCCCAGGAGCAUGAUCCUUCCUUCGCCCACGAGCUGAUUGCUGGUGCCGCCAGCUUCGAGGCCGCCAAGGCCUACGAGAACCACGUUGCUGAGAACGGUCAACCUCCUAACCACCAGAUGGCCAAGGAGCUCCUUGCUGGCUUCGCUGGUGCCUUCAUUGACCGUGAGGUGGAGACCAAGGGCCUGGAUUUCAUUGAUCGUGAGAAGGCCAAGCGCCAGGCUGAGGAGCACUUCAACAACGUCGAUCCCAGCCAGUAUGGCUACUAG